AUGACUCGAGAAUAUCCUAUAGAACUUAGAAGGAGAGUUGUGUAUAUGAUAAGGGAAGGCAGACCACUUUCAGAGAUAGCGCAAAUUUUGCAUGUCGGCGAGACAUUUGUGAGAAAGGUCAAGAAGCUCUUCGAAAAUAAUAAUUCUGUAGAAUAUCCACGGAGACGUGUCAAGCUCAAAAGCAUUAACGCUCAUAAAAUACAACUCAUAAAAACACUUGUGAGGCAGCACCCUGAAAUAUACGAGGACGAAUUGCAGGAAUGGUUAGAAUAUUUAACUGGACAUAAGCCAUCUCGUCAAUUCAUAGGUUAUGGAAGAAAAUGGKCUGGACAAGAUCUCAACCUUGUGGCACAACAAAGAGAUGAACGAAGAAGGGCUCAGUUUCGUCGUUUUAUUGCUCAGUUUGAUACUCACCAAUUAUUAUUUGUUGAUGAAUCAUCAAAAGAUGAAAGAGCAUUCCAGAGAAGAUACAUACAUGGUUUGAGGGGCUCAAGAAUCUCGGUUAAGGGCAACUUCACAAGAGGUACUCGAUACAGUGUGUUGAGUUCAUUGGGUUUACAAGGCAUUUAUACAAGUCACACCAUUUUGGGUGCAUUUAAUCAAGAACAAUUUCAAUUUGCAAUGAAUACAUUUGUUCUGCCACAUGUGGGUUCUGCUGCCUUAAGGGAACGCUGUUCAGUUGUUGUGAUGGACAAUUGCAUCAUUCACAAUUCAGACCAAGUAAUUGAAGCUAUAAGACAGAAAGGUGGAAUCGUUGCUUUCUUSCCACCUUAUUCUCCUGAUCUCAACCCUAUCGAGGAGGCAUUUGGGACAAGCAAAGCAUGGCUCAAAAGAAACAAAGACAUUUGCAUAAAACAUCCAAAAUGGUGUUUUGACAUUGCACUUGAUAAGGUGUCUGUGAAUUGA